AUCACAUUGAAUACUUGUUAAAAAUACUGAGUACUAUCCCUGACUCACCUUAUUGCAUUUCUUCACAAAAUGCUCUAGAGUCUACACUGGAGACUGUCGGCUAACAUGCUCCUAGGAUAAUUCUGUUGGACGCUGAAGGCUGAGAACUAUUUGUGGCAUUAGUGGUGACCAGAUAACUCAUGAGAAGUUUGUUUUGUAGGCCACAUCCCUGAAUCUCCUGGAAUCUGCCCACAUCCAUCAUGAAUAUCUCACACUUCCUGGCUUUGCUGCUCCCAGGAUCCCCACAGGCUGAAAACAGGAGCAAGAUUAAGGCCCUCCCAUACAACUUCUCUGACCACUGCCAGGAUUCCAUGAACCUCAUGUUCUUCAUUGUCACCUCUUACAGCAUUGAGACCAUUGUGGGGGUCCUGGGUAACCUCUGCUUGAUGUGUGUGACCAUUAGACAGAAGGAGAAGACCAAUGUUACCAACCUACUUAUUUCCAACCUGGCCUUCUCUGACUUUGUCAUGUGCCUCAUCUGCCAGCCACUCACAGCCAUCUACACCAUCAUGGACUACUGGAUCUUUGGCGAGGUCCUUUGCAAGAUGUCAGCUUUCAUCCAGUGUAUGUCAGUGACGGUCUCCAUUCUCUCACUCGUCCUUGUGGCCCUGGAGAGGCAUCAGCUCAUCAUCAACCCAACAGGCUGGAAGCCCAGUGUUCCUCAGGUUUACCUGGGGAUUGCAGUCAUCUGGAUUAUUGCCUUCUUCCUCUCUCUGCCCUUCCUGGCCUACAGUGUUCUGGAGAAUGUCUUUCAUAAGAACCACUCCAAGGCCCUGGAGUUUCUGACAGAUAAGGUGGUCUGUACUGAGUCUUGGCCGUCAGACCACCACCGCAUCAUCUAUACCACCUUCCUGCUGCUCUUCCAGUAUUGCAUCCCGCUGGUCUUCAUCCUGAUCUGCUACGCGCGCAUCUACCAGCGCCUGCGGAAGCAGAGGCAGGUGUUCCGCAAGGGCACGUAUAGCUCAAGGGCUUGGAAGAUGAAGCGCAUCAAUGGGGUCCUUGUGGCCAUGGUGGCUGCCUUUGCGGUACUCUGGCUGCCAUUACAUGUGUUCAAUAGCCUGGAGGACUGGUACCAUGAAGCCAUUCCCAUCUGUCAGGGCAACCUCAUCUUCUUGGUGUGCCAUCUGCUUGCCAUGGCCUCCACCUGUGUCAACCCUUUCAUCUAUGGCUUUCUCAACACCAACUUUAAGAGGGAGGUCAAAGCCCUGGUGUUGACUUGUCAGAAGCAUCACCCUGCGGAGGAGUCUGAGAAUCUGCCCCUGUCCACAGUGCACACAGAGGUCUCCAAAGGGUCCCUGAGACUCAGUGGCAGGUUUAAUCCCAUUUAGCCAGGUCUAGGGCUUCUCCCUGCCAUUUUCAUUGCCAGGUUCCUUCACUUAGCUAAGUGGGCACACUGCUAGCUGAAGAUGGUACCCCAGUUUAUUGGCUUUCUGGACCCCAGAUAGGCUGGCAAGAAACCCUCCUCUUUUUUUUUUUUUUUUUCAUUUGCAUUGUGAAGCCUGGCAUUCAGAUGGUUCAGCUAUUUGUUCCCGGGAGAGUUCUGAGUCUGGCUUCUGUGGGUUAUAGGAUACCUUUCAGUUUGAGCAGGUACCAGAGCUGGAGAUGGUCUGUUAACAGCGGGGAAGUUUUUUUUAAUUUUUCCUUCUGGAAUCUCCACAAUAGAUGCCUAGCCUGGGGAUCCAGAGGUUCUACCUCUACCAGCAAAACUGUUGAGACCUCUGUGAGGUCAAGGUAGGAGUGUGUGCGAUUAAAGCUCUGGAUUUGGAUCAGCCCUGAGCCUCUGUGAGAGGUGAUGUUUAUGGAUGGGCCUUCUAAGUGGCAGCAGAUUCUGUGCAGACAAGACAGUGGGGUUUUUUCUAGUCUGUCAUCAACACACCCAGUAGCCAAGAAUGGAUCUUGCGUCGCCCACUCCCCUGCAGUGGAAAAGUCACCCCCAAGCUGUAAGAGUUCAGGAUUCACAUCCUACUCUGUCCUUUUCCUCUUUCACUGCAUCUGCCACCUUGCAUGGGACUGCAUGUAUUUCCUUUGAUGAAAUUGUGAGCAUCUUGAGGGUGAAUUUGUAUUUUCACAGAGUCUGACUCCUUCAUGUCUACAACAGGCCCUCCUGACACACAGAGAGAUGAGAUUUCUGAGGUAGCUGGGAAAUAAAGUUGUCCUGAUGAGA